CUACUUCUAGAAAAUUAACUAAUAGGUAAACAUUUGAAUUUGAACGUUCGAUAUAGAGUGUAACGCUAACGUUCCGCGUGCUCUUUGUUAUUUAACAUUUUUCGUAAAGGUUACGUUGUUUAGAUUCACAAUAGUUGAUCUAAUAAAAGUGUGCUUCAGCUAGUCAAAACCAAGUGAAAAUGCCUGCCGAUCAGAUUCAGUACUCUGAAAAAUACUGCGAUGAUAAAUAUGAGUAUAGACAUGUCAUUUUACCACCAGAUCUUGGAAGACUGGUUCCAAAAUCACACCUUAUGACUGAAACUGAGUGGCGUAAUUUAGGAGUUCAACAAAGUCCUGGUUGGGUCCAUUACAUGAUGCAUGGACCAGAGCCCCAUGUUCUUCUAUUUCGUCGACCACGAUCUGAUUUGCCACCUCAGAACAAUGUUAACCAACGAUCAAAUCAGCAAAAUGGUGUAGCUCGAUGAUUUCAUUAUACAGAACAAAAGUCAUGAUUAUCAAGCAUAUUUUAGAAGCACAUACAAUUCACGACUGUUUACCUUUCAGAUAAACCUUUUUUUUUCUUAAUCUAGUAUAAAGCAACAAUGACAGUUAUUUUAAUAAUCAUAAACAGUCAAUACACAAGUUUUUAAAUGUUAUUGUAUAUUCAUAUUGAUGUGCUUUAUUAUAAAGUACUGUUAUUUAGUAUACUCACAUUAUUCUUUAAAAUAUUAAAAUAAGUUCCAAUAUUAGUCAGUAUUUAAAUAAAAACAAAAUAUUUCAAUUUCAGACUAUGGGUUGAAACUUAACUAUUAAAAUUAAUAAAGAACUUCAAUAUAGUACUUUUUAUAAUUUUUAGAAGCUUUUAAAUACAAUUUUUCCAUUUAUUCAUGAAGCUAGAUUAGUUGAUAUGUUAGUUAAGGAAUAAUUGAGUACUGUCAUUCUAUAAAAUAUUGUAUUAAUUGAAAUGACAAUUGAAUUACAAUCCACACUUUGUACAUACGCAAAUACAUUUUGUAACUGCUUUGACACUAUCCAACAGUAUUUGAGUGAAUUUUCUUUUUUGUCAAUUUAUCUGUAUCUAAAACAAAUAUAAUAAUAUUUUUCUAAAAGAUAUUGUAGAUAUUGACAAUGCAAAGAUUAUGUAAGCACUUUAAGCUUGUUGAAUAAAAUUUUUUUAUUACAUUUUAAGUUCUGUGAAAAGCUAUUAUGUAUUAACAUAUUUAAUAACAAAAAUCUCAACUUUUCAUUUUCAUAACACUGCAUCGCGUCUUAUAAGGAACUAUCUACAUAGGAGAUAUUGGACAUCUAACAUCGGCCAUAAGAUGUUUACCAUGUUGAAAAAAGAUAGUUAAAUCAUAUAUUAUUUUACAAAUAAUAUUAAUAUAGUAGAUUUAUAUAUUUUGUGAUUGUUCGUAUUCUGCGUAAUCACUGACACAUCCAGUUAAUCUUCGUACACAUCCGAUAUCCGUUGCUCGAUGUCCAAUGUCUCCUUAUGUAGAAAGUUCCUCGACGUUUUUAAAAGAUAAAACUAAUGGUAUCUUUAUUUUAAUUUGAUAGUGUUAUUUGUCAGUUAUUCAGAUAUAAUAACAUUGCGCCCUGUUUUAUUUCUUUUUAAUUAAUUUUUAAUAUUUAGGCAUUAGAAGUUAUAUUACAAUUUUAGGCUGAAUUCAUUUAAUAAAGUCUUGAAAACUGCUAAUAACUCUUGAAAAUGAAUCUCUGCUCUUGAAAAUGCUAAUAACGCAUGCGUAAUACGUUUGAUAUUCAUAGCUCAUGCGCGUAAAACUAUAACCUUACUUCUGAAUUCACAAUAUUCUCAUGAAUCGUGAUCAUGAAUGUACCAGUACAGUUUGUACCCAAGUAGGUUGCGAUAAUGUGCUUAAUU